GCGUGAUCAUCCUGGCGUUUCUUGGCGGCCUGCCGUUCGCACAGGGCGGCUGCCUCUCCCAGAACGAAGAUAGCCUGGGCAGCUGCGCCAAGAAGUGUACCGGAGAUGCUGCCAGAGCUGCAUGUGUUUCAGACUGCCUGAUCGAUCUCGACGUUCCCGAUACUUGUGCCACCUGCUUGGGGACCCAGUACGACUGUGGGAGGCGAUUCUGUCGGACGGACUGCUCGGGAAACUCUUCGACUUGCAUGGCGUGCAUUGAUGCUCUGUGCUCAUCCUGCAUCAAGGCCCUCAACUUCCGCUCAAAGGCCGUGAAGGUUGGACCCAGCUUCACCCAGCUUUUCAUGGCCGCAGAGGGCGACUUCGAGGGCAAAGAGGAGGAAGGCCCUGUGAUCCUGCUUGCGCAAGCGGCCGGGACUUGCGAAAGCGGCGGUGAUGUUGUGGAGAGUUGCGGCACCCCCUGCUAUGGCCAUGCGGACCCAUCGGGCUGCUAUGCUCGCUGCUCCAUCAAUGCCUGUUUCGGCACCUGCACGGGUUGCGUGCAGAAGAAUUGCUUCGAGUCUUGCAGGCGAUCCAUGGGAAGCUAUGAGUGUGCGACUUGCAUCCAUGGCCUCUGCAAUCGCUGCACGUCGAGUUACAGCUCGCUGAAGCAAAGCCCGGUGCAAAGCCAAACAGCACCCAUUCUCCCGUGA